GGAUUAGACAGGUGGCCGUGCACGAGCCAUGACCAUCCUGAGCAGCGUGUGAGGAUGAGUCUGGAGACAGAUCCCGAUGGCCGAAUUGUGACUUCGUCAUUUCUUCAGGCUGCUGCCAAUGGCUUCGUCGACGCUCUCCGCAAAGGGUUGGAAAGCCGUGAUCGGAGGAGGCUCAUGGUGGCCAGUGACCAGCAGCAGCCACUUGUCAUGGAGAAGCGCAGCUCACUUGGCCGCGCGAAGCGGGCAUGCAGAGGCGUUGCGGUUACUGCACAACCACGGCUGUGAGAUGGAGGCGAUGGAUCGCUUUGGCCGAACAGCAUUGCAUUUGGCUUGUGAGCAUGGGAAGGCAGAUGUGGUCAAAGUCUUGUUGGAUUGUGGGGCACGGCCUGGCCUCGAGGACAAGACGGGGCGCAAUGCCUUGCAUUUGGCUGCAUGCUGCGAGGACCCGUCAUUGUGCGAAACGCUUGCCAGUCAGUUCCCUCAGCUGGUUUUCUGCGCAGAUUCCAAUGGAAGGACGCCGCUAUUUUAUGCGGCAUUGAAUGCGCAUCCUCAAGCGCAGGCCGAGGUGACCAAGAUGUUGCUCCAGAAUUCAGCAAACAUAAACCAUCGAGACUGCCAUGGCAAGGUGGCCUUGCAUCAUGCUGCUGAGGAAGGUCAGCUCACUGCGGUCCGGCUCUUGCUGAAAAACAAGAUCGAUGCCAAUGCCCAGGACAAGGAGAAGCAGACGGCCUUGCAGAUGGCUUCCAGUGAGGCAGUCAGUGGCCCUGGUGCACCCUCGCAGACCUUGUCCAAAGUGGGGCUGAAAGAAUUCUUGGCGGGGCCGUCUGGCACGAGUCCACCUGCGGCCCCGGACCAGAUGAGGCUCAUGUUGGAGGUCGACAUGGAAGCCACUGAGUUGGGCAAGCUUGUCCUAUCUGAAGGCGCAAGUGAGAGACUGCAGGCUUUUGGCAAGACCAUCAGAGACACCUUUGCGGCCAAAGCUACUGCCACCAUUUACAAAAGAACCAGAUGCUACUGGAGAUUUUUCACUUGGUGCAGGGCAGUGCAAGCGGGCAAUGGGCUGAGGCUUUCCGAGAAGGUCGUCUACAAGUACUUGUCGUACUUGCAGGAGGAGGGCGCAGGCGCCACGAGUGGCGAUGCCUUUUUACAAUCCUUCAGGUUUUUCCACGCCAGCUGGCAGUUCGUUGGGUUGAACCUGGAUCAGGAACUGUCAGCAAGAGUGAAGGGAGUGGCACAUGUGCUUUACUGCAAAAAGCCUUUGCUGAAACAGGCAAGGGCUCUCUCGGUUGCUGAACUUGCAGCGCUAGAGGAUAUUGUUCUGGGCGCAGAGGCCAGCCACGUUGGGGUUAUUGCGGGAUACCUCUUGUUUUGCGCCAUGUCGUGUUGCCGUUUUUCUGACGCACUCUUCGCGAUUGACUUCGUAGUGUCUUCGCACGGGAGCACAGUUCUUAUCGAGGCCGGAACCAAGGUGCACAAAACUGCCUCCAGUAAGGAGAAGAAGACUGUCCUUCUCCCUCUUGUGGCUCUCGGGAAGGUGUUCCGCAGUGACUCCUGGGCCAAAAAAUGGUUCAGCCUCAGACAAGCCUGCGUGCCUAAGAACAUCCGCUUUGUCCUGCCGGCUUACUCUGAGCAGUCAGGGAGGUGGCUCAACAGGGCAAUGACGACAGCUGAAGGCAUUUUAUGGAUGCAGGACAUCAUGAGCUGGAAGUGCACCACCUUCCAUGGACAUGCAACAAAGGAGGAUCUUGGGUCAUCACGUGGACCCAGGAAGUUCUUCGCCGCUUACAUAUGGGCGGGACAAUGUGGCUGCCAUAAGGUGCAGGUAGCGGCCAUGCUUCAACGCAUCAAAGCCGGCAGAUUUGACCCGGAUGAAGCUCGAGUGGCCUUUGUGGAUAGACAGAUAGCAUCCUUCUGCGCAGAAAUCGACAAAUCCGACGAGCAUCUGCACUACGGUGAUUUGGAUGCAGUCGAUGCCUCGGACGUGGAAGAUGCAGACGAAGCUGAGGCUGAAGCUCAUGAAUCUAAGGCAGCGCUGAGAAUUUUCUUGCCAGAGGCCACUUCCGAUAGCCGCAUCAUGCAGCACUUGGCUUAG